GGCAAACACCAAACCCCAACACCAACACCAACACCAGACAGAACAAGACCAGCUUACUGGCGCAACGCACGAUGAGCAUGAUACUCAUCGCCAUGUCUUUUGUGCUGAUGUUCUCAGCAGCUGCGCCAGAAGUCUCUGGAGCCACCGGAGGGCUCUUGCAUAUCCCUACUACCAACUCCUUGGCUCACUGCAUCCCAAGGUGCGGGGACGUCGACAUCUUCUAUCCCUUUGGUAUGGGGCCCGGCUGCUUCCGUCAAGGCUUCGGUCUCACCUGCGACCAAUCCACCAAGCAUCCCAAGCUCUUUUUAGGCAGCAGCACUGUCCAGGUUACUGACAUGUACUACGCCUAUGCUUCUACCCCUAUAAACAUCAAGCUUGCAACAAGGCCAGGUACAGAUACCUACAACAUGUCAUGGGAGGCCCCUUCUAAAGGUAUUACUAUCAGCAGUGAUAAUACUUUGUACGUAGUUGGUUGUGAUUUUGACUUCACCUUGUUCGAGUAUGGUACGGAAGAGAAGGUUUGUUCUUGUAUGAGUAGAUGCGCCGGCGAGAAGGCAGCAACUGGAGGGCCUUGUAAUGGGAUAGGUUGCUGCCUCAUCCUGUUACCAAGGGACCUGCAAGGCUUUCAGGCAGAACAUGUCAGCACUAAUAUAACUGCAACCCAAUCAGAUUGGUUGCACCCUGGUAUCAUGGCUGUCGUGUCACGGGCUGAGUAUUACAUGUAUAAUACAACCAAUCUUUUCUCAAGUUGGACAGAUGCAAGCAAUAUAGAUGAUGCGAUGCUUAGUGUUACCAUCAUGGACCAACCAAGCUGUCAAAGUCCACAAAUGAACAAUGGAGGCUAUGCCUGUAGCAACGAUAGCAGUUGCCAAAAUUCCUCAUCUGGUUGUGGUUACGGGUGUUACUGCUCUCCUUAUGAACAAGGCAACCCUUACAUUUUAGAUGGAUGCCUGGAAGAUUAUAACCCCAAGCCCAAAGGACACUGUCCCGCAUCAUGUGGAUGGCAACUUUAGUUAAGGCGAUAUUGACAAACACUACAAUUUUCUGACAAAAAAUCAAACUGGAACAAUGUUAUCAUGUAUUAACAACUAAAGUUGCCACCUCGCAGCAACUAAAGUUGUCAUCAGAAAACGUUUGGGACGACAUGCUUAAAUUCCGAACGUUCGGAAUUUAUUGAGGUCCCAAUAAUAAAAAGCAUCUUGGCAUAUUCUGGCCGUAGCUUUCCCUCGCGAAUAUUGACGCUGGCCAGAAAAGGGCUUUACUUUGCUUGCCGUAAUGUCUAUCCUACCAUUCUUUCUUCCUUGAUUGAUGGAUGGGUACCCUAGUGAAAUGUCCACUAGGCAGGUCAUUGGGUUUAGUUAUUCUACGGCACUUUUCCUGUGAUUAGUCAUGCAUGGUGAUAUUUUCUGCAUCCGGACGUGUCAUGCCACAGUAAUGUGUCUUCCUUGCAUUUUACAUGUGGUUGUCCUCGCCAGAGUGCAGAUAGACAUAGACGCGUAUAUAGAUACUCUAACCCUAUGAACACAUGCACACACAUUCUAUUUCUAUGAGCAACUUCAAGAGACACAGCCACCAGAUCUUAAGAUUAGUCCUGUCGAAGAGAGUAUCGCCUCCCACUGAAACAGUAUCCUACCUUCAUGAGAAACACAAGUGUCAGGCCAACUCCAGAGCAGGACCCUAUCUUGUCUGCGGGAUGCAGUUUGCGUCAAACGAACAAAAAAACUAGCCCAUCGGCAGACCCCAUUUUACUUUUUCGUCCGUUUCGUGUCCGUUUCACGUUAUCUCUGGACCAAAGUUAGUCUUGCUUUGGGUCCAAAGCGGCCGGACGCUCUUCGCAUCAUCCUGGUUAUACCUGGUGAAAGUGCAACUAUCCCUAGGUGGUUUUGGUAAUUCCUAACAAUAUAUCGCUCAUUGAACUAAUGCUAUUCCAAGAUAAAUAUUUCAGGAAAGCUCAAUGAUUGACAUGGCAUGGAUGAGAAAAGUGGACCCCUCAAAAUGCUAAGGACAAAAGGAUUGGCUCAAGCUCAAAGCUCAAGACUCUAGAUUUUCUAUUUUAGUGAUCCAAGAUCACAUUGAGUCUAUAGGAAA